AUGUGGCAACCAGUCACUGUUCCCUUUUAUCAUUCUCAGCCUCUGCCUACGCUACCUACGAUCGACGAAAUACAUGCUUGCACCAAUAUCCUGGGCAAGACGUCGGCUACCAAGGUUGUAGCAGUGAACGAGGACAUUGUUGUGAAAUAUGGGCGUCGCGUAGACGUCUGGGAAGGCCAAGCUUUGGUUUACCUUGAACAAUGCGCCCCAGAAGUUCCAGCCCCACGACUAUACGCAAUGUACUAUGAUGAUUCUGAAAAAUUCUACCUAAUCAUGCAACGUGUUCCCGGUGUGCAACUGGACUCAGUUUGGACAUCAUUAGCGGAAUCAGAGAAGGAUGAUAUUGUCACAAAACUUCAAGUCAUAUUCGACACAAUGCGCAAGGUUGAGUGUCCGGACCCUAAUUUUUUCGGAAGCCUAGAUGGGGGCAGCGUGCAUAAUUUUCUAUUCUUUAGCCAAAAAGGCGAUCGGGUAUAUCUAGGGCCCUUCUUCAACGAAUCUGCCUUCAUUGCAGGCCUCGUUGGCAAUUACAGGACCUUGGUUGAACAGCAAAAUAAGCCCGACUACAAGGCUCGCUUUUACGAAAAGUACCUCGCUGCUGUUCUCCAAGGUCAUCAGCCCGUAUUGACACAUGGAGACGUUCAACAGAAGAAUAUCAUGGUUGCAGAGACGGGUUGCCUAAAUCAUCAAGGUGGUCGAUCUUUUGAUGUCGCACUCGUCGAUUGGGAGAGUUCGGGUUGGUUUCCUGGCUAUUGGGAAUUCUUCACUGCAUCUUGGCCCCUCCAUUUCGCCUGGGAUGAAGACUGGUCCUGGCGCGUUCAGGACUUUCUUCCAGUAUAUCCCGCCGAAAUGGCUGUCAUGCAGCAGAUUGAUAGGGAUCUAGGGUAUUAA